UGCGACAUUUGUUUUUCAUGUCAGACCAGUGACUAGAGAUUGAGGCUUCCGGGUUAACGAUUUAACAAUUUAGCUGGAGCUAACGUUGUUGUUCUAUAAUUUCUAUAAAUAGUAAGUAGAAUGAAAAGUUAGUUAAUGACAUAAUCCAUGCGUAUUUCCGUAUAAGUCAAGAAUACUUGGCCAGUUUUUGAUAACUGGUCAACACCAAGGUGUUCAUGAUGAUAGGGUGGGAAAACGUUCCACCUUCUUUUAAGGAAGGAGCUUUUUGUCAGCCUUAUUAGCUAGCUAGCUGUUGAAUAAAGUUGCAGCUAGCAAGAAAGUUGGUCAUAUAAAGCUUUUAUCACAGGUUUUCUGCUGAAUUGGAACUGUUUUAAAAGAUCAAAGAUGCAGAACGCCCCUUCCUUUCCCGGAGUAAGCUCUCAGCAGCGCGUUGCUCCGUUGGGACAGACAAGAAACAAGGUGGCACUAAACCCGGGCCAUAGCCUUAUGGACUGGAUACGACUUACAAAAAGUGGACGUGAUAUGACUGGACUGAAAGGGCGAUUGAUCGAGGUCACAGAGGAAGAACUAAAGAGACAUAAAACACGAAACGACUGCUGGACAUGCAUAAGAGGUAUGGUAUAUAAUAUUAGUGCUUACAUGGAUUUUCACCCUGGUGGAGAAGGGGAACUGAUGAGGAUAGCUGGCAUAGAUGGUACUGACCUGUUUGACCAGGUCCACCGGUGGGUGAACUAUGAAUCCAUGUUGAAAGAGUGUCUGGUGGGGAGGAUGAUGGUGAAGGCCAGCACAGUUAUUAAAGGUCUUGCUCCACCGCCUCUUGUGGUGUUGGAGCCAAAAGUAGCGCCGAUCCCAUCUAAAGUCAAUCGCCCUCAAUACGAUUGGAUCCAGACCGAUGACGCUGUUAACAUUGUUAUUUACACCAAACAGAAGAUCCCCAGCUCAGGUUGUUCAGUAGUUGACCUUCAAGUUAACAUUCUACGGAUUGAGAUACUACUGGAAAAUUGGUCAUAUCUGCUUCAUUGGAGUCUGGCUCAUGAUGUUGAAGAAAAUGUUGCCAUUCAAACAGUCAAUUUGGUUGGAAAGGUUAAUGUGCACCUGCGCAAAACAGUCAAUGCCAGGUGGACACAAUUGGGCCAACCCCUACAAUCCCAUGAUUCAUUUAUUCUGAGUAAAGAUCGGGAGUUGUUCUACAGAGACUGUAUGCUGGUUUCUAAAAAAGAAGUUACACAUUGCACCUGGCUCUUCUGUUUCCGACUACCUCCUGGAGCAUGCAUGCAGAUCCCUGUGGGGAGACAUGUCUACCUCAAAGCCUCUGUUCAGGGCUGUGCUGUUGUGAAGCCCUACACACCAGUAGACCAGGUACUUAUGCCUCAAACUCCCCCCAGCACACAAGGGAGUUCAGAUAUCUAUCUCAUGAUUAAGGUCUAUCCUGAUGGAGUGUUCACACCACAUCUGAACAACCUUGACAUCGGCGCUCCUCUGUCUGUUAGCAGUCCGGAGGGUGCCUUCACACUGCAUAGCCUGAGUGAUGUCACUCAUUUGUACCUGUUAGCUGCUGGCACUGGCUUCACACCCAUGGCCCGCCUCCUCCAUCUGGCCCUUCAGGAACUGUCCUCUAUCAGAAAGACGAAGCUCAUGUUCUUCAACCGUCAGGAGAAGGACAUCCUAUGGCAUUCUGAGUUGGAGCAAAUAUGUGCAGAGGAUGCAAGGUUCCAGGUUGAGUAUGUCCUGUCAGAGCCUUCAGCCUCAUGGACAGGUAGAAGAGGACACGUAGACGUCUCCAAGCUGCAGGAUUUCCUGCAAAGACCAGGGGAUUCCAAGUGCUUAGUAUGUGUGUGUGGGCCCACUGGUUUCGCUGAGCUGACAGUGCAGCUGGUGAAGCAGCAAGGGUUCAGUGAAGAGGAGAUGUAUGUUUUCCAGGGUUGAUUUCUGAAUUCAAGCAUAUGGUGGCCUUAUCAUGCUGAUUGUUUCUAUGCACAGAAGACUGAAAUUCCUUGAUCAUGGGGAUUAAUAUGAGCUUACCACUCUGUACACACACUCCUCUGACACAUGAAUGACUGUCUUGAAAUCCCAUGUGUUUUGCAUUGGUACAACUGUGAGGGAACGUUUUAGUGUGCUGUGAACUGUUCUUCCAUCCUGUGUAAUUUUUCGUGAGAAUUUUCUUAGAUUGUGUGCUAACACACACACUGUGAUUUUAAAUUUGUAAAUCAGAUGCAUUAUUGUAGAGUUCAAAUGAGGUAGCCUGUUCAGCCUUUAAAAUAAUAUGUAGUACUAGUGACUAAAAAUUAAUAAAUAAAUAAACAAAACUGUGUAAACAAA